UUGUUAUUAUUUUAUGUUUUAGCCAUAAAUCACAUGGUAUGACUUACUGAAUCAUUUAACUUUUUGUUUAGUUUUGAGCUGUGCUUAGGUUGUUACAUCAGGGCCAGUAUCAUGAAGUGUCUCAAAGCAGGAGUGCUGAUCUAAGAUCAGGUCCCCCUGGUCCAUAUAAUAAUGAUCUAAAAAGUCUAAACUGGUCCUAGAUCAGCUCUCCUAGUCUACUCUGAGACACAGUGUGAAUAUGGACCCUGGACUGGUUUAAUGUAUCAGGUGGAGUUAUUCACCAGCUAUAGAGUGAGUUGUUGUUUAUGUUUCUAAGACUGCAGGGUGGGAGAUGCAACAAUGGCCUUGAGAACAGCAGGAAGUGUGUUGGUGGUCUUUCUCUGGUCUGUAGCAGUUGUACUGGGUCAGGAUGGCUGGAGUGUUACAUACACCACUCAGAGUAUCUGUACCUUGAAGGGGUCAACAGUGGAGAUGUCCUGCUCUUACACAUAUCCCAGUGGUACAGUCACAAAAACCUUCUGGUUCACUGAAAAUGAUGCUGAGGGGAAUCCUGUGAGUCUGAGUGAUGACGCAGACUAUAAAGGUCGUGUGACGUAUCAUAAAGAUAACAAGAAUGACUGCACUCUGACAAUCACAGACCUGAGAGAGAGUGACUCAGCUACGUACAAGUUCAGAUUUAUAACAGAUCAGACCGGAGGGAGAUUUACUGGCAACCCUGGAGUCACUCUGUCUGUCACAGACCUGCAGGUGAAGGUGACUCCUUAUUCAGUUUUAUCAGCGUGGAAGACACUGACCUGCACCACCUGUGUUCUGACUGGUAACCCCACCUACAUCUGGUACAAGAACGGACAGAUAGUAACUGACAACACUUCCCCCUAUUCAGUCUACCCUGAUGCUGCAGACAGCUACUCCUGUGCUGUACAAUCCAAUGAGGCUCUUCACUCUCCUGCAGUGUGUGUUCAGGAUCAGAGCUGCAACAGAGUAACUUAUACUGACAAGAGUAUCUGUGCCUUGAAGGGGUCAUCAGUGGACAUAUCCGGUAUUUAUUCCAGUCAUCAUCCGAUCAAAACAACAUUCUGGUUUAGAAGUGAUAAGUCAGCCCCUGAGGACCUAACCAGAGACCCAGAGUAUGCAGGUCGGGCCCUGGAGAGCCUUCCCUCCACCCUGAGAAUCACAGAUCUGAGAGAGAGCGACUCAGCUGAGUAUAAAUUCAUAUUCAACACAGAAACCUCAGGAUGGGGAUACAGCUUCCCUGGAACAACUCUGACUGUCACAGACCUGCAGGUGAAGGUGACUCCUGCUACAGAGGGACAGAGGACAUUGACCUGUAGCACCACCUGCAGUCUGACUGACAACCCCAACCCCACCUACAUCUGGUACAAGAACGGACAACGUCUAGAUGAGCCCACAUCCCUGCAAUACUCUGUCAAUAAUUCUUAUUCAGACAGUUACUCCUGUGCUGUAAAAGGCCAUGAGGAUAUCCAAGCUCCUGCAGUGUGUGUUCGGGGUGAGAGCUGUAUGAAUGUGACUUACACCCAUCAGAGUAUCUGUGCUUUGAAAGGGUCAACAGUGGACAUAUCCUGCUCUUACACACAUCCCAGUUGGCAUAACGUCACAGAAGUAUCCUGGUUCAACAAAUGGGAGUCUGGAGUUACUACAGACCUGAUCCAGGACUCAGAGUAUGCAGAUCGUGUGGAAUACCAUCGACAAACAGACAAGGACUCCACUCUAAAAAUCACAGACCUGAGAGAAAGAGACUCAACUGAGUACAAGUUCAGAUUUAAAACAGUUAAUGCAGAAUGGGGAUAUACCUUCUCUGGAACAACUCUGUCUGUCACAGGUCUGCAGGUGGAGAUGACUCCUGCCACAGUGACAGAGGGACAGAGCGUGACACUGGCCUGUAGGACCGUCUGUACUCUGACUGACAACCCCAACCCCUCCUACAUCUGGUACAAGAAAGGCCAGCGUCUCACCAACCAAAAUAACAGCCUGAUCCUCAACCCAGUCAGCAGUGAGGAUGCAGGCAGAUACUCCUGUGCUGUAGAAGGCUCUGAGGAUCUCCACUCUCCUGAAGAGACUCUUACUGUCAAAUAUGGCCCAAAGAACACACUGGCAUCAAUCCAUCUCUCUGAUGAAAUAGUGGAGGGCAGUUCAGUGACUCUGACCUGCAUCAGUGAUGCCAACCCACCUGUGGACAAAUACACCUGGUACAAGAAGAUUGGAGCCCACUAUCAGUCUUUCUCCAAUGGAAACACAGAACCACAACAUGUCUUCAUUCAUAUCCAGUCAUCUGACACUGGAGAGUACUACUGCGAGGCCCGGAAUGAGAUGGGGACAGAUAGGUCUGAGUCUAUCAACAUCGAUGUGAAAUAUGGCCCAAAGAGCACCUCAGUGUCAGUCAGUCCCUCUGGUGAAAUAAUGGAGGGCAGUUCAGUGACUCUGACCUGCAGCAGUGAUGCCAACCCACCUGUGCAGAGUUAUGCCUGGUACAAGAAUGAAAGUGUCUAUCAGAGUAUCUUCUAUGGGAACACAGAAUCACAGCAGGUUUUCAGCCAAAUCAAGUCGUCUGACACUAGACAGUACUACUGUUGGGUCUCGAAUGGAAUUAGUACAGACAGGUCUCCAUCUUUAGACAUCGAUGUUAAAUAUGCCCCCAAAAGCACCUCAGUGUCAGUCAGUCCCUCUGGUGAAAUAGUGGAGGGCAGUUCAGUGACUCUGACCUGCAUCAGUGAUGCCAACCCACCUGUGGACAAAUACAGCUGGUACAAGAAGAACGUGACCGUACGAAAAGCAUCAGGACAGAGUUACAGCAUCACUAACAUCAGCUCUGAGGACAGAGGAGAAUACUACUGUGAGGCUGAGAAUAAAUAUGGACGUCUCAACUCUUCCCCUGUAUUUGUGGACGUUCAGUAUGACCCAAAGAACACCUCAGUGUCAGUCAGUCCCUCUGGUGAAAUAGUGGAGGGCAGUUCAGUGACUCUGACCUGCAGCAGUGAUGCCAACCCACCUGUGGACAAAUACACCUGGUACAAGAAGAUUGGCUAUCAGUCUAUCUCCUACAGGAACACAGGACUACAGCAAAUCUUUAAUCAUAUCCAGUCAUCUGACACUGGAGAGUACUACUGUGAGGCCUGGAAUGGGAUUAAGACAGGGAGGUCUGAGUCAAUCAACAUCAAUGUGAAAUAUGGCCCAAAGAACACCUCAGUGUCAGUCAGUCCCUCUGGUGAAAUAGUGGAGCGCAGUUCAGUGACUCUGACCUGCAGCAGUGAUGCCAACCCACCUGUGGACAAAUACACCUGGUACAAGAAGAACGUAACCUCACCAAAAGCAUCAGGACAGAGUUACAGCAUCACUAACAUCAGCUCUGAGGACAGAGGAGAAUACGACUGUGAGGCUGAGAAUAGAUAUGGACGUCUCAACUCUUCCCCUGUAUUUGUGGACGUUCAGUAUGGCCCAAAGAACACCUCAGUGUCAGUCAGUCCCUCUGGUGAAAUAGUGGAGGGCAGUUCAGUGACUCUGACCUGCAGCAGUGAUGCCAACCCACCUGUGGACAAAUACACCUGGUACAAGAAGAGUGGCUAUCAGUCUAUCUCCUACGGGAACACAGGACUACAGCAAAUCUUUAACCAUAUCCAGUCAUCUGACACUGGAGAGUACUACUGUGAGGCCUGGAAUGGGAUUAAGACAGGGAGGUCUGAGUCAAUCAACAUCGAUGUGAAAUAUGGCCCAAAGAACACCUCAUUGUCAGUCAGUCCCUCUGUUGAAAUAAUAGAGGGCAGUUCAGUGACUCUUACCUGCAGCAGUGAUGCCAACCCACCUGUGAAGCGUUAUACCUGGUACAAGAAGAAUGUAGAUCACAAUCAGUUCUCCUAUGUGAACACAGGACCACAUCUUGUCUUCAACCAAAUCAAGUCAUCUGCCACUGGAGAGUACUACUGUGAGGCCUGGAAUGGGAAUAAAACAGGGAGGUCUGAGUCAAUCAACAUCGAUGUGAAAUAUGGUCCAAAGAACACCUCAGUGUCAGCCCGUCCCUCUGGUGAAAUAGUGGAGGGCAGUCCAGUGACUCUGACCUGCAGCAGUGAUGCCAACCCACCUGUGCAGAUUUACAUCUGGUACAAGACGAAUGGAGCUGAAACCUCAAUGAGACAUUCUGGAUGGAGUUACAGCAUCACUAACAUCAGCCCUGCGGACAGAGGAGAAUACUACUGUCUGGCAGUGAAUGAAGUUGGAUGCCAAAGAUCAAAGCUUGUUACUCUAAAGGUUUUGUGUAAACCAAAGACCACCUCAGUGUCAGUCAGUCCCUCUGGUGAAAUAGUGGAGGGCAGUUCAGUGACUCUGACCUGCAGCAGUGAUGCCAACCCACCUGUGGACAAAUACACCUGGUACAAGAAGAAUGGAGGUUCACUGAAAGGAUCUGAAAACAUCUUCCUCAUCACCAACAUCAGCUCUGAGGAAAGUGGAGAAUACUACUGUGAGGCUGAGAAUGAAUAUGGAGGUCUCAACUCUUCUACCAUGUCUGUAGAUGUUCAGUAUGGCCCAAAGAACACCUCAGUGUCAGUCAGUCCCUCUGGUGAAAUAGUGGAGCGCAGUUCAGUGACUCUGACCUGCAGCAGUGAUGCCAACCCACCUGUGCAGAAUUACACCUGGUACAAGAAGAACGUAACCUCACCAGUAUUGUCAGGACAGAAUUACAACAUCACUAACAUCAGCUCUGAGGACAGUGGACAUUACUAUUGUGAGGCCAGGAAUAAAAUAGCAUCUGAGACCUCUACAGCUCUGAAGAUCAUUGUAGCAGGGAAACAUAUCUCAAUUAAGACUGCAGCUGUAGGAACCAUAGUUUGUGUUCUGGUUCUCAUCCUCUGUCUCUCUGGCUUCAUGUGGUUCAGGAAGAAGGCAUCCAAAUCCACCUCUGGCAUAAUAGAAACAAGAGACACAGCAGACGAGGGACAGGGGGACUCUACUCUCCUGUAUGACAACGUCUUAGGCAUGGCCAUGCAGCAGAGACAGCAGUCACCGUCGAGUCAGGAUGACAUUCACUACACCAGUGUUCACUUCUCUCCCUCUAAAAACCAGGAAGAGCUUUGUACUCCAUCGUCCAACUGCCUCAACCCCAGAAACAGGACAAAGAUGUCCAGUACGCUGCUGUGAAAUUCAA